CAAUCUAACUCAAACAAACAAAAAAAAAUUUGAAGAAACAGAAAAAUGAAGACUUUUUUGCUUCUGCUUCUGUUUCUUUCUAAUCUCUUCUAUAAUUCAUUUGCAGGAGACACGCUCACUCCAAAUUCAUUAUUGAAGGAUGGUCAAACACUUAUUUCAGCUGGUGGAUUCUUCAAGCUGGGGUUUUUCAGCCCUGGCAGCUCCACCAUGAAAUAUUUGGGCAUUUGGUACAUGAAAAUCCCUGUUCAAACUGUUGUGUGGGUAGCCAACAGAGACAGUCCCCUUUCAGAUUCUUUGGGCAGUCUAAAGAUCGGAGAAACUGGAAAUCUCAUCUUGUUUGAUGGAUUACAGAGACCUAUCUGGUCUACAACGGCUACUUCGAACUUGAGCAAUCCAAUUGCACAGCUAUUGGAUAAUGGCAACUUCGUUCUAAGAAACAAUGACAGUAUUUCAGAAAGUUCAGAAAGCUAUAUUUGGGAAAGUUUUUACAAUCCUUCUGACACUCUUCUUCCAGGAAUGAAGCUUGGUUGGAACUUAAAAGCUGGGCUCGAGUCGAAACUUACAACAUGGAACAACUCUAAUGAUCCUUCUAAUGGAGACUACACAUUCAAUCUUGAUCUCAGUGGAUCACCAGAGAUGUUUCUACGCCAUGGAUCACAGAUAAUUUACAGGAAUGGUCCAUGGACUGGUUUUCAGUUCAGUGGAGAACCAGAGAUGGAUUCAAAUAGCUACAUCAGCUUUGAUUUCAUCUCUAAUCAGGAUGAGAUUUACUAUACCUACAAAGUGAUUGAUAGCUCAGUCACUUUCAGAUUGGUGUUGAAUCAGUCACAGCUCCAAAGAUACAUCUGGUAUGAUUCGGUCUCUUCAUGGUCUCUUUACUGGUAUGUUCCAAGGGAUCAAUGUGAUUCCUAUGCUGAAUGUGGUCCUUAUGGUUUCUGCAACUCAAAUUACUCACCAGUUUGCAGAUGUGUUCAAGGAUUUAAACCAAAAAACCCACAGAAUUGGAACUUGAGAGAUGGAUCUGAUGGUUGUGUUCGAGUGACCAAAUUGGAUUGCGAAAAAGAAGAUGGAUUUCUGAAAAUGAGUGGAAUAAAGCUUCCAGAUACAACAAAAGCCAUAGUUAUUCAGAGCAUUAGCUUGGAGGAGUGCAGGUUAAGGUGCUUGAAGAAUUGCUCUUGUUUGGCUUAUGCAAGUGCUAACAUCAGUGCUGGAGGAACUGGUUGCAUUACUUGGGGAACUGAGCUGAUAGAUCUCAAGCAAUUUAUUGAUGGUGGCCAAGAUUUUUACAUAAGAUUAGCUGCAUCUGAACUAAGAGGAAACUCCAAGAAGAAGCAUAUUAUCAUACUUGUUGUUGUAAUUUUUUCGAUGUUGAUGCUUUUAUUGGGAUCUAUUGGAUAUUGCUUAUGGAAAAAGAAGAAAAUGAUGAACAUUACUGGUUAUUGGAGAAAUAAGCCAAGACAAUUGUCAUUUGAUACUGUAAUCACUGGACAUUUGUCAGAUGAUGACGAAAGCAGAAGGCAGAAUACAGAUCUCCCAUUAUUUAAUUUUGAAACAAUACUAAUUGCCACCGAGAAUUUUUCGAUUGCUAAUAAGAUUGGAGAGGGUGGAUUUGGUAUUGUUUAUAAGGGUAAGCUUGUAGAAGGACAGGAAAUAGCUGUGAAGAGACUAUCAAAAAGUUCAUUACAAGGGCUUGAGGAGUUCAAAAAUGAAGUUAAGUUGAUUGCUAAACUUCAGCACAUCAAUCUUGUCAGGCUACUUGGUUGCUGCAUUCAAGGAGAGGAGAAUAUGCUUGUUUAUGAGUACAUGCAAAAUAGGAGCUUGGACACCAUAAUAUUUGAUAAAGCUAGAUCUCCUAUCUUGAGUUGGCCAAUCCGGUUCAAAAUCAUCAUCGGUAUUGCUCGCGGCCUCGUCUACCUUCACCAAGACUCAAGGUUUCGAAUUAUUCAUAGGGAUCUCAAGGCUAGCAACAUUUUGCUAGAUAAAGAGAUGAAUCCUAAGAUUUCUGAUUUUGGAUUGGCAAGAAUAUUUGGUGGAGAGGAGACUAAUGCAUAUACUAAAAGAGUGAUGGGAACAUAUGGAUACAUGUCUCCAGAGUAUGCAAUGGAUGGCAUCUUCUCGGUGAAAUCUGAUGUCUUUAGCUUCGGUGUACUGGUCCUAGAAAUCGUAAGUGGAAAGAAGAACAAAGGAAUUCACAUUUCUGACGAGCGAAUAAACCUUCUUGCUUAUGCAUGGAAUCUAUGGAAAGAGGGGAAGCUAUUGGAAUUAUUUGAUGCAUCAUUAGGUGGCUCCUAUUCAGAGCUUGAAGUAUUAAGGUGCAUUCACUUAGGACUCUUGUGUGUUCAAGAAAGAGCAGAUGAUAGGCCAUCAAUGCCAUUGGUGCUUUUGAUGUUGUCUGGUGCGAACGUAGUGUUGCCACAGCCUAAGAAUCCUGGAUUCUGGGAUGGUGAAAGGUCGAGUGAAAUGAAAAUGUCUUGGAGCUUUUCUGCAAAUGAUAUGUCAGUGACAAAGCUCGAGGGCCGGUAGAAGAAUGA